ACGACGAGAUGCUCAUCGGCGGAAAAAACGGCAGCGGCAACGCCCGCGCCGGUGCCGGCAACAAACAGUCCGAGAACAAUAAACCGCGCGAAGAAGACAUGGACACCCAAGAGGACGCACCGCUGUCGAACAACGACGACGGCGUUCUCUUCCCGCAACCGAUGAGCCAGGACGAGGUUCCUAACCCCCCCGAAGACACGGAAGAUGAAGCCCGCGCGGAGGCCACCUUCCGCUUUGAGGUCGACAAUAUCAGUCACCUCAGAGACACUCGUCUCUCCGAGCCAACAUUCGUUCGCAACCUUCCGUGGAAGAUCAUGGUGAUGCCUCGCCAUAACGCCAAUUCGAAUGAGCGACAACCGUCGAAAAGUCUGGGAUUCUUCUUGCAAUGCAACGGCGAUUCGGACUCCGGUUCGUGGAGCUGUUCAGCGCAAGCCGCUCUCAGACUAAUCUCACACAAAGAAGGCGUUGAGAAUUCCGAACGCAAGAUUACGCACGUUUUUUACAACAAGGAGAACGAUUGGGGUUACUCUCACUUUUUGAGCUGGAACGACGUUAUCGAUCCUGAGAAAGGCUUCUGCAAAGACAACAAGAUCGUCUGUGAGGUAUGGGUCAUGGCCGAAGCGCCGCACGGAGUCAGUUGGGACAGCAAGAAGCACACCGGCUACGUGGGCCUCAAGAACCAGGGGGCUACGUGCUACAUGAACUCACUAUUGCAAACGCUCUAUUUCACCAACAAGCUCCGGAAAGCAGUUUACCAAAUGCCGACAGAAUCCGACGACUCGGCGAAGAGUGUUGCCCUGGCCCUCCAACGAGUUUUCCACGAACUCCAGUUCAGCGACAAGCCGGUCGGAACGAAAAAGCUCACGAAGAGCUUCGGCUGGGAAACGCUCGACUCUUUUAUGCAGCACGACGUGCAAGAGCUGUGUCGGGUCCUACUCGACAACAUGGAAUCGAAAAUGAAGGGCACCAUCGUCGAGGGCACGAUCCCCAAGCUGUUCGAAGGCAAAAUGAUAUCCUAUAUCGCGUGUAAGAACGUCAAUUACCAAUCGAAGCGCAUCGAGCCCUUCUACGACAUUCAGCUGAACGUCAAGGGGAAGAAAGACAUCAUCGACUCGUUCAAAGACUACUGCGCUAAAGAAACACUCGAUGGAGAGAACAAAUACGAUGCCGGGAACCACGGACUCCAGGCCGCGGAAAAGGGAAUUAUUUUCAAAUCGUUUCCACCGGUACUCCAUCUGCAUCUCCUGAGAUUCCAGUACGACCCAGCGACUGACUCUAACAUCAAAAUCAACGAUCGAUUCGAGUUCGCAGAGAAAUUGGAUCUCGACGAGUUCCUGGAAGAGAAAGAAGAUACCCCAGCUCACUACACGCUGCACGCUGUUCUCGUGCACUCCGGAGACAACCAUGGUGGCCACUAUGUAGUAUUCAUCAAUCCUAAAGGUGACGGAAAAUGGUGCAAAUUCGACGACGACGUGGUGUCUCGUUGCACGAAACAGGAAGCCAUAGAUCACAAUUUCGGAGCGGGCUCUGACGACGACAUGGCAAUGAGUCGACACUGUACAAACGCGUACAUGUUGGUGUACAUCCGUGAUUCGGCUCUCCCCGAUGUUUUGCAGAAGGUGGAAAAGGAAGCUAUUCCAGAGCAGUUGAUGGAUCGGCUACAAGAAGAGAAGCAAGUCGAAGCACAGCGCCGAAAAGAGCGCAACGAAGCCCAUCUCUAUAUGCAGGUGCAAGUCGUUCUCGAAGAACAUUUCUUCGUACAUCAGGGAACGGAUCUGAUCGACCCGGACAAAUGCCAGUACCGCAACUUUAAAGUUCGGAAGACAUCGACUCUAUCGGAACUUAUCGAGUUGAUUGCCAACCAAUUAGGCUAUCCGGUGGCUGGGAUUCGUCCGUGGCAAAUGUCGAUAAGGACCAAUCAAACCCUGCGUCCGACAGAGCUUGACGAGAGCGAAUAUUCGCGGCACAUCCAAGACAUCUCAGACCAAUCGGGCUCGUGGACUCUUUUCAUAGAAACCAUCAAUCCUGAGAACAAUGAAAUGGCGCUGCCGUUCUACGACCGUGAAACCGACGUUCUGAUGUUCUUCAAGUUGUACGACCCGUACGAGAAGAGACUAUCGUAUAUCGGGCACCAGUACACGCCGACCAGAACGAGGCUACGCGAUUUGAUUUGCGAUUUGAACAAGAAAGCUGGCUUCCCACCGAACACGCCUCUCCUGGUCUUCGAGGAAGUCAAACCGACCCUUCUAGAGCCGAUCCAGGAACUCGAUGAACAGCUCGACAAACUGCUCGAGGAGCUUAUGGACGGCGAUAUAAUAAUUUUCCAAAAGUCCCUUCCACCUUCCGAAGCCGCAAAACUCGAACUGCCCAGCGUCAGAGAGUACUUCAGAUAUCUACAAAACCGCGUCGAGGUACUUUUCUGUGAUAAAUGCGACCCGAACGACAGUGGCUUUGUACUGGAGUUGUCUUUGAAGAUGAACUAUGAAGAGAUCGCGGCGGCGGUCGCAAAACAUCUCGACACGCAUCCGAAGUUGCUUCAGUUUUUCAAGACGCAAUCGUACCGCGAUGGCCCCGGCAAUCCGUUACGUUUCAGUUUCGAUGGGACCCUCAAGGAUAUGCUGUCAUUCUUCAAGGGAAAGCAACAGCGAAAAAUGCACUACCAGCGGCUUUCGAUUCCCAUCGACGAACUCGAGUCGAAACGCCAAUUCAAGGUGCUCUGGGUGAACUAUAAGCUCAAGGAAGAGCGCGAACUGACGCUCUACCCGAACAAGAACGGAACGGUGGGCGAUCUCCUGCAAGAGGCCAAAAACGCGCUCCAACCCGGAGAUCUGGACCCCGAACACGGGUCGGGCAAGCUGCGAUUGCUCGAGAUAGUUUCCUACAAAAUCGUUUCGAUACAGCCCGAAACCACUAAUCUGGAUAAUCUCAACGUCAGCAACAAAACGUACCGCAUCGAAGAGGUUCCCAAAGAACAACUCGAAGACGUCGACAACGACCACACCGUUCUACUUCCGUGCAGCCAUUAUCAGAAAGAGAUCUUCACCACGUUUGGGACACCAUUCCUGCUCAAGAUUCACCACGGUGAAACCUUCCAGGCCGUGCGCGACAGAAUUCAGAAGAGAUUAGAUAUCCCCGACAAAGAGUUCGAGAAAUGGCGUCUCUCCAUCGUCUCUCUGGGGCGUGCUACCUACAUCGAGAACUUCAAGGAGCCCGUGAACAUCCCUCAGAUGAUGCAGAAUUGCCAAGGAGGAUUUCCGGCUAAACCAUGGCUAGGCUUGGACCACAUCAACAAGACUCCGAAACGACCCAAGUUCAGCUAUCAGGAGAAGGCUAUCAAAAUCCACAACUAGACACGUAGCUGUUGAGGGCCAACAAGCGGAUGGACCUGGAGGGAAUCAGCUAGGAAUCGGGCGCAUGGCGAGCGUGGACCCAUAGAAAAGCAGCAGCCGACAGUGGUAUGAGCGGGCAAACUGACUGAAGAUUACUUGACAAACACGCCGACAAGCGGACAGACGAAUUACAGAGACCAAUCACUAUCACUAUCCAUAACGGCCAGAAAACGGAAUCAGGGACAGACACUCACCGGAACACGAGACAAAAGUGCGGAAAAAAUGAGAGGCCCUAAUCGUUUCCGUCUGAAAAACAAGUUCGCUCGAGACAAUAAGUUGAGAUAUUGCUGCUGCUGCUGCCGCCGCUGCAACUGCUGCAGAGCCACCGGAGAACCGAGUUCAGUGGUGGGGGAGGCUUUACGAGCUAGGGUUAGCUUUCGUCUCCGGGUGACACGGAACGUUUGAUUUUCUUUCGAACCAGUUGUUGUUGUUGUUGAUGCUGAGUGAAGAGGUGGAGUCGAAGCUUGACAUCGAAGAGUAUCAAGCGAGAACACAUCUCGAUUGUCGAGUUCAUUGGAAGGCGUUUCGCCCUCGGUCAGAGCAGUGGUACUCCGGGGUGUUCGGCAGCAGAAGCAGAUUGGAGAAUCCGAACGCUUUUUUUUCGUUCCAAUUCUGUUUUCUGUCUUGAGGCGGCCUAACUAGUGCGACGGCGGCUAACCUCAUUGGAUUCCGUCUCGGCAGAAAAGGUUUCGCUAUGAUCUGCGGCGACAGGAGCGAUAGCGAAAACCGACGAUCAUCGUCACCUGGGACCGCGUUUUGAGAACAUUAUGCUUUUGCGACAAGUGUGAAAGUCGAUAAAUUUCCCGAAUAUGUAGAUUCCCCUUCCCCCUGUGGGAGCGACCGCGAUUCCAUCCACCACCUAGCGAGUCAGGGAAUUAAUUUCCACAAAUUAUUUUAUCGACGCGACGUGUUCGAAAUCUGAAUCUACCACAGUGAUGAUGUCCGGCCCGCUGAUUAAUUAAUUCAUGGAUGUGAUUGACGCGAUAACGAGAGAGAAAGAGCUCGAUCACUCCAAGAGGAGCCAGUAAAUGAUGAUAUCUAUU